GCGGCAGACAGACUUGUCCCAAACUCCCACUCGUUCGACGGCGCCCACCUCGACGGCCAUGAUAGUCAGAAAUGUAGCCCAGAGAACAGUAGCCUUCGGCCUUGCUUCCCUCAGGCCAACCUCCUCUCGCAUACCCUCCAUCUACACCCGACUUGCGUCCUCCUCAGCUUCCCCCUCCCCCUCCCCUAUAGGCGUGUCCAACCCCGACGCUUACUGCCGCGACCUCGUGCGGAAGCAAGACUACGAGUCCUACCUUAUUGGCCAGUUCUUCCCCCAAGAACGGCAAGGUGGGUACUACGCGCUCAAGGCGUUCGCAGUCGAGCUAGCGACAGUGCAGGAUAAUGUCAGCGAUGUGACUAUUGGAAGGAUACGGAUGCAGUUUUGGAGGGAUGCGAUCAAGGGGAUUCAGGCGGGGAACGCGCCGCAUCAUCCGGUCGCUUUGGCGCUGGCGAAAGCAAUGCAAGAGCAAUACCUUCCCGCGUACUACCUCAAGCGUAUCAUUGACGCAAGGGACAACGAAUUGAUGACACCCACGCAUAUGACCUCCGAGAGCCUCGUAGCUCACGCGGAGUCAACAUCCUCUGCCCUGCUUUACCUGCAACUUGCGCUACUAUCCCUCUCGUCUGACAAUACCCUAUCGCACGCGGCGUCGCACCUUGGCGUAGCGCAAACACUGGCUAUCUUGUUACGCGCCCUGCCCUUCCACGCAAAGCAUGGAAGGAUGGUGAUACCUGCCGAGAUUACUGCCAAGCAUGGCGUACGCCAGGAGGAAGUAUUCCGGGAAGGCCCCAAUGCGAAGGGUAUAGAGGAUGCGGUGUACGAGUUCGCCACGCUCGCCAACGAUCACCUGAUCACUGCCCGUACAACCCUCGAACAAGAGCCGCGCGGAGACGGUCGCGUGCCACAAAUUGCGAUGCCAGCAUUUCUCACUGGAGUUCCCGUCGCAAACUACUUGCAACGGUUAGAAAAGGCGAACUUCAAUGCGUUUGAGCCGAAGCUCCAGCUGAGAGACUGGAAGCUGCCGUGGCACGUCUGGAGAGGGUACUAUAAGAGGAUGUUUUAGCUGUGGUAGCGGUCUAAGAUGAACAUUUCUGGGCGUAC